AUGGGAGGAUGUUUUUCAGAUGUAAGCGGAGGAAAAGCUGCGGUGGGAGGAGGUGGUGGUGGUGGCCAUAACCGGCAGCAUCAAAGAAGCGGUCGUAGUGGCAACAUUGUUGUUGAUACAUCUUCUGGCACGAUUGAUCAAGAUGAAGCUGUUGAUUACUUUUUUCACACCAAAGGCCUUGAACCAAUCUACACUCAAAUUGAGUUAUCUUUAUCAGCUUCAAGAUUGCGUGAUCGUGACAUCAUGUCAAAGAGUGAUCCGAUGGCAGUUGUAUAUGCCAAGAAGAGAGAUGGGACUCUGGAGGAACUUGGCCGCACAGAGGUUAUCUUGAAUAGCUUAAAUCCUACGUGGAUUCAGAAAAUCAAUGUCGCAUUUCACUUUGAGAUUGUUCAGCCUUUAGUAUUUCAGGUGUAUGAUGUGGAUACAAAAUUUCAUAAUGUACCAACAAAGAUGUUGGACCUGAAAGACCAUGAUUAUUGUGGUGAAGCAAACUGUGUUUUGUCAGAGAUCAUGACUCGCCAAAGCCGAAGCAUGACCCUAAAACUUUGUAGUGAAAAUGGGAAUGAUAUUGAGUGUGGUUUGAUAAGUGUUCAUGCAGAGGAAACCGUUUCUUCCAAAAUGGCUAUUGAAAUGAGACUGCGAUGCUCAAACUUGGAUAAUAAAGAGCGGUUCUCUAAAAGUGAUCCUUUCUUAAGAAUCUCUAGGAUUGUUGAGACUGGAGGUCCUAUUCCAAUUUGCAAAACCGAAGCAAUGAACAAUAACCUGAACCCGGUUUGGAAGCCGUUAAGUAUAAAUAUGCAGCAGUACGUAAGCAAGGAAAACCCCUUACUUGUAGAGUGUUUUGACUUCAAUAACAGUGGCACGCACACAUUAAUCGGGAAACUGCAGACGUCAAUUCAAGACUUGAGAAAACUUUAUGAUGCAAAAGCAGCUGCAAAUUUCGUCUAUCCUUCUUCUCGUCCCCGUGGACCUGAGAAGGUUCUCAAGGGUAAACUUUUUGUGGACGGGUAUGAAGAGAAGGAACUCUAUAGCUUCCUUGAUUAUAUUUCUAGCGGGUUUGAGCUGAACUUUAUGGUUGCUGUUGAUUUUACAUUGUCAAAUGGAGAUCCUCGGAGGGCAGAUUCAUUGCAUUACAUAGAUCCAUCUGGCCGAUUAAAUGCAUACCAGCAGGCUAUUGUGGGGGUCGGGGAAGUUAUACAAGUUUAUGAUUACGAUAAACUCUUUCCUGCUUGGGGUUUUGGUGCAAAAAUGUACAAUGGCUUUCUAUCGCAUUGUUUCAACCUGAAUGGAAGCUUUGAGGUUGACGGAGUACAAGGCAUAAUGAAUGCUUAUCAAACUGCUUUGCAUACCGUCUCUCUAAGUGGACCUACAUUAUUUGGUCAAGUAGUAAAUCGAGCUGCAGAAAUAGCUUCUCAAUCUCUCGCAGCCAAUUCCAACAAGUACUUUGUGUUGCUAAUUAUAACGGAUGGAGUUCUCACAGACCUUCAAGAGACUACAGACGCAUUGGUCAGGGCCUCUGAUCUACCCUUGUCAAUUCUAAUAGUUGGCGUGGGAAACGCUGAUUUUCAACAAAUGGAGAUUUUGGAUGGUGAUAAUGGACAAAGACUAGUGAGUUCAACUGGAAGAAUAGCGACUCGAGAUUUCGUCCAAUUUGUUCCCAUGCGUAAUGUACAACAUGAAGAGAUAUCGAUGGUGAGGGCUCUAUUAAAAGAGUUACCAGGGCAAUUCUUGACUUGGAUGAGAAGUAGAGAUAUUAAGCCACUCAAUGUCCACUAAAUCCCUUAAGUAUCUGUUUCUUUUUAACAUAUGACCGAUUGACCGUUUUAGAUGUACAAAUUCAGUAAAGCUUGAGCAUCAUUGUGAGUGUUUAAGUACAUUCAUGCUUGCAUGAAAUACUAAUUGUGUUAGU